CAACAUGAAGACCACGGCUUAAUGAUUUAUACUGUCACACUGGGCAGGAAGUGAAGCUCUCAGGAGCCAAGAAAGAUUAUUCAGCUGAUCGGUGUUUUAACUCGGAGCGUGUAGGAAGCUGGCUGAUUGAGUAUUUCAGCUGACUUCUGCUACUUUUUGGACUUUGUCUCUGUCUCCUCCCCUCUGACCACCCAGUGGAGCUGAACGAGGUGUUUCAGUAUUUUUCUUCAAACAAACUCUCUCACUCUCUCGGAGCAUGAAGAAGCAUUAGUAGUUAUUAGCUCUCGUGGCCGGCCGGCUUCCCUGUCAGGGAGAGAGAAUGGUUCUAGGCAUGGUGGAUAGCCCUCUGGGCCCUGCUUCUCCUGGCGCUGCAUUUAUAAUGCAAAAUGAGGUGACAGACAGUGCGUACCUGGGCUCCGAGAGCACUUACAGUGAGUGCGAGACCUUCACCGAUGAGGACACGGGGGCCCUCGUGCCGCCCGAGAUGCACGAGGAAGUGGAGACGGACAGCGGCAUCGAGGCCACGCUACACGACCCUGAAGAUGGCUCAAAUAGGUUUUCCCUGAACUCUGAGCUCCACAACCACUCGCUGGUGACGGUCAUCGGUGGAGAGGAGGAGCACUUUGAGGACUUUGGGGAAAGUAACACCUCGGAGUUGCUACUGGAGAGCAGCGUGGACGGUACCGAGGGCGAGGGCGACUCCUCUCUCGUGCAGCCGGUUGAGCAGAUCAAUGGCUCCUCACUACUGUCUCCCAGUGCACCUGCUCCUCUCCCUGACUGCUUUCAGAGCUUCCUCAGGGAGGAGGCGCUGGACUUUUUCUGUAGCCAGUGUCACAAACAAAUAAGCCGUCUGGAGGACCUCUCCACUCGCCUCAAUUUCCUAGAGAUGACUAGCGCUGGCAAGAGGCUGUCCAGCAAGAAAGUAGCUAGACAUCUCCUCCAGAACAGCUCCAUGACUCUGGACACCAUGAGCGACUUGACGCGGGACAUCCUGGAGCUCGCUGACAACGACAUCACAGACAAGGUGCUGCUCCUCGAGCGUCGAGUGGCGGAGCUGGAGAAGGAGUCGGAGGCAUCGGGGGAGCAGCACACGCGGCUGCGCCAGGAGAACCUUCACCUGGUGCACCGGGCCAACGCCUUGGAGGAGCAGCUGAAGGAGCAGGAGGUCCACGCCGACGAGCAAGUGCAGCAAGAGACCCGGCGUCACAAGGAGGCGCUGAUCAAGCUGGAGAGGGAGAGGGGGCUGGAGCUGGAAAACCUGCAGGCCAGGCUGCAGCAGCUGGAUGAGGAGAACAGCGAGCUGAGGUCCUGCGUUCCUUGUCUUCGAGCGAACAUCGAGAGACUAGAGGAGGAGAAGAGGAAGCUGCAGGAUGAGUCGGAAGCCUUGUCCGACAGGCUGCAGGAGGAGACGGAGUCCCGCAGGAAGAUGGCCGACAAGCUGAGCCAUGAGCGCCACCAGAGCCAGAAGGAGAAGGAGUGCACGCAGGAGCUCAUUGAGGACUUGCGGAAACAGCUGGAGCACCUACAGCUCUACAAGCUGGAGGCCGAAGCAAAGAGAGGGCGCACGCCUGGCGCGGGGCUGCAGGAAUAUCAGAGCCGCACCCGCGAAGCCGAGCUGGAGCAAGAGAUCAAGCGACUCAAACAGGACAACCGCAGCCUGAAGGAGCAGAACGACGAGUUGAACGGCCAGAUUAUCAACCUGAGCAUCCAGGGAGCCAAGAACUUGAUGUCGGCGUCCUUCUCCGACUCCCUGGCAGCUGAAAUCAACAACGUGUCUCGUGUAGAGUUGAUGGAGGCGGUCCACAAACAGGAAGAGAUCAACUACAGGCUGCAGGACUACAUUGACAAGAUCAUCGUGGCCAUCAUGGAGUGCAACCCCUCCAUCCUCGAGGUCAAAUAGAAACGCCAUGCGGCCGUGCACAGUGACUAAAAGAAAACUAUACCAAGAGACGAUGUAAAACAUAUUUCGGGCGUCAUUUUGGUAGGAAAGCAGCAACGCACUCAACUCAUCCAACUCCCCGCUAAAAGAGAAGGGUUUAAGAUCUCCCUCAAGUCUGUGCUUAUUUGUGAGUGUGUGUGUGUGUGUGUGUGUGUGUUUACCCUCCUGAAUACACUUGGGUUCUGGUGAUCUCCAUGUAUUUGGCUAGAGGGACCCGAGUCUCCCCUGUUGAGUGGAAACAGUAGAGAAUCUCCCGUAUGUCCGAAAAACAAAGGUGUCAAUGUUUGAUUGAGCUAAAACAGGAAACAAACAAUCAGACUGUUCUACAGAACCGAAAGGCCUUAAACGAAAGGUGAUCCAAGUAUCCAUUACUGCAUGCCAUACAUGCCUCAGUUCAGUCAGAGAAAGGGUGAAGUGGGCUUUGAUCUCCUGAACCGGGCUGAACUGUGUUUUAAUCACAAGUGAGAAAGCCGUAUGAAGCGCGGGACGGGAGAUCGGAGCGGCGGUUUCUAUUUUGAAUUUGUCUGUAAAGUGUGUGUGUGAAGCUUGCGGUGCUGCCCACAAGUCCCUACAACCGUGUGUUGUGUCCUCUAACCAAGUUCAGCUGUCCUUUCCAGUGAACCCAAGUGAGGGACCUUUCUAGGGGUCGAGGAUGAGAAAUGCCCGGAGGGUUUUUUUGUGUGUGUGUGCGUGUGUGUGUGUGUGUGAGUGUGUGUGUGAGGUGUUUUGCGCAGUGUUACUUAAAGGUUUUUUUUUUUUUUAAAAGCUUGGUGACACUAGCGAGUAAUAUAAGCUUCGAUGUCCCAAAUGAAGGAACUGGGUGGUUUAUAAUUUGCUUCAUCUCAUUUUGUUGUUUUUACAAUGAAACAGGGUCCCGGAGCUCAGGUGGGCUGGAAACCUCAAGUGUGGAGGAAAGAAAACUACAUUUCCCAUCACUCCCUGGCACAAAUAUUAAAUAACUCAAAACACAUGUCACUAGGUGACUGAGUACUGUAACUCAUACUGACACGUUCACUUUGUAAACACUUGAACUACGCGUGAAGGGAAACCGAUGAGUGAUUCUGGGAAUUGUAGUGAAGUGUGUGAGUUAUUUGUAGUACAGCCCACCUGACCCCAGGGUUCACUUGCUGAGUGAAAGUAAUGGGGAGCAAACUUAUCCAGGUAACGGACCUUUUUUGUUUGUUUUUUGUUUUGUUUUUGCUGCACAAGUGAAUUAUCGUCAGUACAGAUGUUUGAGACUGAAAAGACGCUGACGUUCGACAAGUUGUAUGUGAAUAAUCAAAUGGUUGUACUUUGCACUAAGUUUUGUUUUGAUUUCAUUAUUGUUUUUUUGUUGAUAGAAGAAAAAAUAAUGUUUAUUGUGAAGGGAUCAAAUCAUACAUGAAGAUAGUUUUGAAGACUGUACGAUAGUGAAAACCCAUUACACUCAUUUUAAUGUCAUUGAAUUGGAAACAUUCAAGAAUACUACAAACUACAUUUUGUCUUAAAAGAUUCAUUUUCGGUUACAUAUUGUAUUUUUUUGUUCAGAUGAGCUUUUUUGUUUUUUGUUUUAGCGUUAUUCAGACCGGGAGAGACAUGGCAGACUUUGGUAGCAAUAAUACUUGGCAAGAAAUUGGACAUUGGCGGAGAGCAGAUGAAACGAACCUGCUCUUUAUUUCCUCUGCCGAAGCAACAUCUGCCUUUUCAAAGAUGUCGGACUGAUGACGUGCUCAUCGGCGCCACGCUGGACAGAUAUCGUGACGGAUUUGUAGUUGGAAGGGUAGUCGGGGGAGGUGCAUGGCAUUCUGCACCAAUAUGCGAAGAAGAAGUCUUAUUUUUCACCCUGUUCACCUUCGUGUCACUUCACCUGCCACUCCAUGGAAAAAUGGCCUUGGAUGUAAAUGACUUGUACAUGUAAAGUUUUUUCUACACUCAUUCUAGAUUCUAGGUAUUUUUAUAGUCUGAAGGAAAGAACAUUUCUUCUUCUUCUUCUUCUUGUCUUAUGCUGAGAGACAGCUGCCUGUAUUCUUCUCUAGCAUGUAGCGUGUACAGUAUCUUUCGGGUUCUUUUCUUUCUCCUCGUUUUGAAAUCACAUGCAGAUAUUUAUUCAUCAUUUGACACAAAACUGACAACUCACACUCUGUGACGUGUUGCAGCUGAAUAUAUCUUUGUACAUUUUUUGGAUUCACAAGGGGGCGAGAUGAGAAUUUGUGUUGGAUUUAGAGAAAUGUUUUAAAUGCAUUGUCUUUGGGGGGGAGGUGUGACUCAAAAGCUUGAAUGUGACCCGCGCAGAGUGGUCGUUUGUCGAGGUCGUGGCACUCUUCCAUGAUGCUGACGCUGCCGUGACCUCCUCAGGGUUGUGAUUUUAGACAUACGGCAGAGUCUGCAGUUUCUACUGUUGUCUUCCCAGAUGGAGUCAGGUCCUGCAUGGAAACACCCAUUCUUAUUCUAUAUCUCUGAUUCAGUCAUUUGAAGUAUGUUUUGACAGAAUAAUCUAAUUGUGAGACCUCCCAAUGUCAACACGCGACACCUGAAACCUCAUACAAAGGCUUUGCUGAGUUCAGCUUCCUGCCUUUUUAGUGUGACAGGAGGUUUCCCCCCCCCCCCCCAACAGAUUUAAUACUUCUACAUUUUUGAGUUACAAACUAACAUAUUGGGAUGACACUUGAACACAGCAGGCGAUACUACACUUAAUUCUCUCCCUGCUUCAUAUUUUAGUGUCGGCGUGCGACAGAUAGUUUGGGGCGACUGAAUAAGUAGACAGUGAGACCACAGAGCUGACAAAACAUUCCCUUUAAGCAGAGCUGAAGGUGACUGCACUUUAACCACCAAAUUUCUCCAAAUGACCAAAGACAGAUGCUUCAACUUAAACUGAUCAUUUUAUCCACCAGGGUCCGUGAUCUUUUGGUUCUCCUGUUCUAAUAAAUCAACAGACUCUGAGCUCGCCCUGAAAGAAAACAUAAACUGGCCUGCUAGUCUAAACACUGUGCCUCUGUGUCUCAAACUUUGCCUCUAAACUAACCUGACGAUGAGCCCUGGGGGAAGCACUGACCACGUGACGGUCAGUCUGUUAAAUUAUGAUGAAAACCUAAACUGUAAAUAUGAAUUGUCAUUUUUUGUGAACUUUUUUUCUCUCUCUCUCUCUCUCUCUCUCUCUCUCUCUCUCUCUCUCUCUCUCUCUCUCUCUCUCUCUCUCUCUCUCUCUCUCUCUCUCUCUCUCUCUCUCUCUCACACUCACUUCCAGUGUCCAAAGAAAGUUUGCUCAAGGCACAAACAUCACUACUGGAGUAGUGCAUGGCUUGCCAUUAUGUGACAUGGGAAGAUCAAAAGAGAAUAUUGUAGAAAAGAGAAAUUGUAAAAGUUAAAUUUAUUCCUAUUUUCAAAGAUAAAUGUAUAAAUUAUAACAGUAUUGGUUACAGCUGUAUAUUAUUUUUGAAGAUCCCCGAAUGAUCUAAUCUUAAUUGUUACUGGGGAAAUAUAAUUUCAGUCAUUGUAAAAAGAGAACAAUUUAAAGGUAAGCAGUGAAAGUAAGAUUAGAAAAUAAAUGGAAUAAAAAACA